UUGCAGGUGCUGCCUCUACCGCGCGCUGACGAACAAGGCGUCCUAUCCUCCAGUAGUACACUACCCGACUGGAGUGGGGUGAAAAGAAGAUCUGCUCACUACGUAGAGCUUUUGCUUUGUGUCGAUGCUGCUCUGGCUAGACAUUACGGCCACGAGCCCGAACGAAUACGAGCCGCAAUGUUAAUGUUAAUGCAUGCAGUUAAUAUGAUCCCGAAUGUGAUCUUACAGUAUGCUUUUCAACUUGGCAUUCGAAUAGUAGUCGUUGACGUCGUUCCCGUACACGGCUAUAAUGUUACCUUGGAACAGUUUUUGGAGUGGAGGCAAGCGACAGACACCAUAGUGCCACACGACAUAGCGAUUCUAAUUCGUCACCGUUAUGAAGGCGGUAUAGCUUACGUAAAUGGAGUCUGCAAAAGGACUGCAGUUGGCAUUGCAGGGUUUUUCCCAGAAGCUCCUUUCGAGUACGCUUCCGUAUUCUUUCAUGAGCUCUCACAUCUUCUGGGACUCUCACACUCAGCUCGAGCUGAUUGCCACUGCUCAAAGAAGAAUCGCGGCAGUUGUCUGCGCAUAGACGGUUUCGACAACGAAUGCAGUGCACAAGCUCUUGUCGAUCUCCUUCCAACCAUUGAGUGCCUUACGGAACCGAGAGAACUGCCACGUUACUGGCUACUCCUGCGUGUGGAAAUGGUAUUGUCGAGCAAGAUGAAGACUGUGACUGUGGACCAGCGAAGUACUGCAAUAAUGCCUUGUGCGAGCCAAGGACGUGUCGUUUUAUUAUUGCGAAACAAUAUUUGUACACAAUUGCGCACAUUCGCACGAGCUACAGACGCCAAAAUUGGACUAGCAAACAAGACGUAA